UACGGAACGACGCCGAAUGGAGUUGGAUAGCCUUCCGCAUGAGCGCUCGUUAAUUAGCGAAAGGAGAAUUUGCGUUUAAAAACCAUCUUAUUCUUUUAAACCCAAAGACCCCAGACAGUAAAAUAGGAUAAGUACUACGGCAGUAAAAAACAAUAAAGAAUGAUGGAAAGAAAAACAACACUGAACUAUAUUUAGUGGAAGGUGGUACAGUUGUGAUGCGGUCAAAUGUCAACAUUGACAGCAUGUGGUUCAGAUAGCUGAUUUGGCCAUCGAUUUCUUGAUCAAUGAAACGCUUAACGCACAAAUACCCCUAAAUGUCGCGUGAGGUAUAUUUCUAUGAGAUUCUUUGCGUGCGAUCACUCGACUGUCAUGGAUCGUGUAAUUUUCUUUGUAGUGAUUGCUAAGUAAAUCAACUUGUUGCAAGAACUGCUCUGUUCGAUAGCAACUUUUGUGGUAAGGUAAAGGAAUAUUACUCGUUAUAUUUUCACAAUGGAAAUGGCACUACCCUCACUGUCAACUCCGAGGUACCCAGUUGUUCCCAGACGAUACGAGGACACACGACCCGUGGUUGUUCAAGAUUUUACUCAUAAAAGGAUCUUGGGAUUUGGUCAUGACAUCCACCGCCGCCAAGUGGAACGUAUUGAGCAGGAGAAGCUGCAGGCUAUACGCCAGGCUGAGGAGGCAGUAUGGCGGCAAGCCCAAGGCGGGCAGGAAGUUGCAGUCCAGCAGGCCAAUAAACAGGCCAAGUUGGAUCAAGAGAAAAUAAUUCGGAAAAUGCUGAAGGAAAUGGACAAAAAGUUGAAGGAAGAAGGCCUGAAGGUAGAAAUGGCCAUGCAGAAAUUGGCGCUGGAACAAGUGAAGGAAGAACGUACCAAGGGAGAACUAGCCCUCAAAGAAGCAGUGAGUCUAGCGGAGAAGAAGGGGGAUACAGAUUGUCUCGCGGCUGUGGCUCGGGUUCGGACUGAGGAGAGGAAGAUUGCUGAGGCAACAGUUGCCAGACUGAAGAGGAAACAGGAAGUAGAAAUAGCUCGAGAGUUGGCCGUGGCUGAUAACAAACACCAACAUGAAACAGCGGCCCUGGUAAGACAGAAGAACCUGGAGAAGGAGGCAGCUGUUCGUCAAGCUCACCAACAGGAACAACAAGCUGCAGCUGAUCGGCUCAACCGAGUCAAGGAGGAGUAUGACUUGAAGGUUAAACUCCUGGAAUCAAAACUUGAGAACAGAGAGUCUGAGAUUGCCGACUUGAAGCAGCAAAUCCAAGACAUUGAGAAGAUGAAGCAGAAGACCGAAGAUUGUUUGAUAGAGACUCGGAAAGAGCUUCAGAGUGUUGUCCAGCAUAUAGGGGGAUUUAGUGAUGACCAAGCCAGCUUUCUGAUGCCAUCGCUGUAUCUGGAUGAAGUCCAGAAGGUGUAGGAAUACAUGUAGCCAUUGUACUUAGUAUCGACAUCUACCAAUAUGGCAUGGAUACGUCCUAGUGCAUUAUCUACGCACAGAAACUCCAGUUUUGGAGAUAUUACCCAAA